AUGAGACUCAGUACCGCAGUCACUGUGUUUUUUGCAACUUCUGCCUUUGCUGCUGUAGUGAAGCGACAAGCUCCCGUGCCAUUCUCAGAUGGUCAACCCAUUGACGGCAAGGGCAAAGGUGCCCCUAUAUUAGGAGGAACCAAUCGUCAAGUGGACAUCGAGAAUCCUUCAAACUUGGGCCAGCAGAGCACUGAUUCAGGAACUGUGCCCAAUCUGAAGUGGCGCUUCUCUGAUUCGAAAACGAAAAUCUUCCCCGGUGGCUGGGUGCGAGAACAGGUGGACAACGACCUACCGCAGAGCCAUGAUAUCGCAGCAGCACAGCAGCACCUUAAGAAGGGUGCUAUUCGUGAGCUACACUGGCACCGUGUCGCGGAAUGGGGCCAGGUCCUGUUUGGUCGUGUACUCGUAUCGGCAGUAGAUGAGAAUGGGCGCCAUCAAGUGACUGAGCUCGGCUUUGGGGAUAUUUGGUACUUUCCGAAGGGUCAAGCCCAUACCGUGCAAGGUCUGGACGAUGAGAACGAGUAUCUGCUAGCUUUCGACGAUGGAAACUUCGACGCUGCUGGAACAACUUUCAACCUUGACGACUGGCUUGCAAAGACGCCAAAGGCGAUUCUUGCGAAGAGUUUCGGUCUGCCUGAGUCGACCUUUGACAAUUUGCCUAAGACGAACCCGUACAUUCAAAACAGUACGACCGGUGACGCUGCAAGACAAAGGAAUAUUACAGGAGGCGCCGGCGAGCUGGUAGCUGAUGCCUCAUAUGUGUACCGCACCUUUUCCCACGCUCCUGAACCUGCACCCGGUGGUGCUGGUGUCUGGUGGAAAAUUGACUCGACCAACUUCCCGAUCUCGAAGACGAUCGCGUCAACGUACGUUGUUCUCGAGCCGAGGGGUAUAAGGGAAUUGCACUGGCAUCCUACUUCCGAGGAGUGGCUGUACUUCCACGAGGGCGAAGCUCGUGCGACAGUCUUCACCGGUAAUAGCAACUCACGUACUUUCGACUUCGGUCCUGGAGAUACUGCUGUUUUUCCGGACAACUCUGGGCAUUACAUCGAGAACACUUCGGAGACCCAGAAUCUGACCUGGAUCGAGAUCUAUAAGGCAGAUCGUGUGGCUGACGUGUCUUUGACUCAGUGGUUGGCUUUGACGCCCGCAGAUAUUGUCGCUGACAUCCUCAAAAUGCCGCUCAACGUUGUUGAGGGUUUAAAGAAAGAAAAGCAGGUGCUGGUUCAUGGCAAAUAGACGUUGUCAUCGCUGGUAUUACAUAUCGGCCCGUCGGUCAGGCCUCUACGCCGCUUAUCUCUUUGAUAGAGGCGUUUGUGUAUGUUCAAGUAUUGGCGAUUAUCGCCUGGCGGACAAUUAGCUCGUAUGGUUGGGCCCAAACGCGACAAUCGCGUCAACGCUUGUCCGGACUGUUAAUAUAGAUGGUUUCUUCUUGAUUUGUACCGUUGAUGGUUCCGCUUUACACGCUGUGCUGCUGCUGUAGCUUGCACGAUAGGGUAACAUGCUGCUACCGACGAGGCGUGGUCUCAACGAACACGACACACCUCACAAACCGGAUGACUAA